CAGCUUCAAGGUUCAGGCCUGGGGGUAUUGGACAGGAUGGCGACAGGCGCUGGCGAGUGUCCCAGCAAGGCCGUUCAGUACCGGGUUGAUCACCUCCUCAGUGCGGUGGAGAGUGAGCUGCAGGCCGGCAGUGAGAAGGGUGACCCCACGGAGAGGGAGCUCAAAGUGUCCUUGGAUGAGAGCGAGCUUUGGCAAAAGUUUAAAAACCUCGCAAAUGAAAUGAUAGUUACAAAGAAUGGCAGGCGCAUGUUUCCGGUGCUGAAAGUGAGCGUGUCUGGAUUGGACCCGAACGCCAUGUAUUCCUUUUUGCUGGACUUCGCAUCUGCGGACAACCACAGGUGGAAAUACGUGAACGGGGAGUGGGUACCCGGUGGCAAACCCGAACCUCAGACUCCCAGCUGUGUGUACAUCCACCCAGACUCCCCAAACUUCGGCGCGCACUGGAUGAAGGCUCCCGUCUCAUUUAGUAAAGUCAAACUCACAAAUAAGCUCAACGGUGGAGGUCAGAUCAUGCUAAAUUCUUUACACAAGUACGAGCCUCGUAUUCAUAUAGUGCGGGUCGGAGGCCCACGGAGGAUGAUCACCAGCCAUUCCUUCCCAGAGACACAGUUUAUUGCAGUAACAGCGUACCAAAACGAAGAGAUAACGGCCCUAAAAAUAAAGUACAACCCUUUUGCUAAGGCAUUUCUAGAUGCAAAGGAGAGGACUGAUAAUAAAGACAUGAGGGAAGAUAACAAUGAAAGCCAACAAUCUGGUUACUCUCAGUUGGGUAGCUGGUUUAUUCCAGGGACGGCUCCCCUCUGCCCUCCAGCCAGUCCUCACAGCCAGUUUGGGAGUCCAAUCUCCAUCUCGCCAUCCCAUGGUUGCGAGCGCUACUCCACCCUGAGGAACCACCGCUCUGCCCCUUACUCCAGCCCGUACACCCAUCGGACCAACUCGCCCACCAGUUUCUCAGAUACCUCUUCGACCUGUCUGUCAAUGCUUUCAAGCCACGAUAACUGGUCUAGCCUUCAGAUGCCAACACACUCGAGCAUGAUUCCCAUGGCCCACAACUCGACUUCUGGUACCAACUCUGGUCAGUACACCAGCCUGUGGUCUGUGAGUAACUCACCCCUCACUCCAGGGUCCCAGAAUGGGGGGAUAAACAACUGCCUGAGUUCCCAGUUUCUCAGAGGGUCCAGCAGCCACUACUCCAGCCUGUCUCAUUCGGUUACAGUGCCCUCUGGCUCUCCCAUGUAUGACAACGGCACAGCCACAGAAGUACAUGACGCCACUCAGUACGACCUCUCGCCACAUGGCCGGCUGCCGUCCGCCUGGACCCCUGUUACACCUCCGUCCCUUUGA